UCACUCUAUGAUACAGAUCGUUUCACCAUCGAUCACCGUCAGAAGGAACCUGUGAUGGAAGUGGUGGGUGACCUACGAAAGAAAAACUGCACUUCUGUCAUGAGGAACCUCACCAGCCUGUAUUCAGAUCGUUACUACUUCAGGAUUCAAGCUGAGAACUUCAGUGUGACUGGAACAAGAGCUGUGCAUAUAAAUGUGUCAGAUUCCUUGCCUAAGCCGAAUGUGAACGUGCCGGUGCUCAGGGAGGGUGAGGAGGUGAAUCUGACCUGCACUGUUCCAGCUCCCUGCCCCAGUCACCCUCCAAAUGUAAUCUGGGCUCCUGCAUUAGGUGGUGACGUAACACAGAGGACACAGCUGAAUGCUGAUGGGACUCAGACUGUUUCUGCCAUCUUGAAUUUCGUCCCGUCGUUCCACCAUCAUGAGCUGAAAGUGAACUGUGUUUCCAUUCAUCCUCUACACAGAGAGGACAGACCCCUGCUCAGCCACAAGAUGGUCAUCCUCAGUGUGGAGUAUCCUCCUAAGGAAACAUGGAUCUCUCUCACAGGCUUGGUCUGGCUUGGUGAUAAAGUGACCCUCACCUGUCAAAGUAAUGCCAACCCUCCUGCGGUCCACAGGUGGUUCAAGAAGAGAGCAGAUGUAGAGGAAGAACUGGGCAUCUCACAUAUGCUUUCCUUCACUGCGGCCCAAGAGAACACUGGGGAAUACAUUUGUGAGGCACAGAAUAUAUACGGUGCAAUGAACUCCACAAACCUACAGAUCACUAUAAUUGAGCAAGAGACAGCUUACUACAAGCCUAUACGUGACGGCUUGUGA